CGCAACUCCGGUUCCGCCCCCUCGGCCGGUCCGGAGUCACCUUGGCGCCGGCGCAGCGCAGCGGAGCCGUCAUGGCGGCGGCGGCGGGGCCCGGGCCCGGGGGGGCGGCGAUGGCGGCGGGGAAGCCCAAGACCUCCCCCAAGUCCGUCAAGUUCCUGUUCGGGGGCCUGGCCGGCAUGGCCGCCACUGUGUUCGUGCAGCCCCUGGACCUGGUGAAGAACCGCAUGCAGCUGAGCGGCGAGGGGGCCAAGACCAAAGAGUACAAGACCAGCUUCCACGCCGUGGGCAGCAUCCUGCGCCAGGAGGGCGUGCGCGGCAUCUACACCGGGCUGUCUGCUGGUCUCCUGCGCCAGGCCACGUACACCACCACCCGCUUAGGCAUCUACACCAUCCUCUUUGAGAAGCUGACAGGAGAGGAUGGCCGCCCCCCCAACUUCUUCAUGAAGGCAUUGAUUGGCAUGACAGCGGGUGCUGUCGGAGCCUUCGUAGGCACUCCUGCUGAGGUGGCACUCAUCCGAAUGACGGCGGAUGGCAGGCUGCCCGCUGACCAAAGGAGAGGGUAUACAAAUGUCUUCAAUGCUCUGCUGAGGAUCACCCGCGAGGAGGGCGUGCCCACGCUCUGGAGAGGGUGCGUGCCCACCAUGGCUCGGGCAGUGGUGGUUAAUGCAGCCCAGCUGGCCUCGUACUCCCAGGCCAAGCAGUUCUUGCUGGACUCGGGUUAUUUUCGAGACAAUAUCUUGUGCCACUUUUGUGCCAGCAUGAUCAGCGGUUUGGUGACGACAGCUGCCUCCAUGCCAGUGGACAUCGCCAAGACAAGGAUUCAGAAUAUGCGGAUGAUUGAUGGGAAGCCGGAGUAUCGGAAUGGGCUGGACGUGCUGGUGAAGGUGGUCCGCUACGAAGGCUUCUUCAGCCUGUGGAAAGGCUUCACCCCCUACUACGCCCGCCUGGGCCCUCACACAGUCCUCACCUUCAUCUUCUUGGAGCAGAUGAACAAGUUUUACCAGAGGUUCUUUCUCGGUGCCUGAGUGGAGGAACUGAGGCCUGCCCGCUAGGCAGGGAGGAGAGGGCAGGGCCAGAAGCCCCCUCCCCACACCGUGCAUCCCUCCACGUGCCUGCCGUGGCCUCUUGCAUCCAGCCAAUCAUGUGGAGGAAAGGUGUGGGGAGGGGGAGAGCUACGUUAAUUUAUUUGCUUGGGGAGAGAGGGCCAGGGGCUUCUGUGGGGCGCGCACUUCCUCUAACUGGACUGCCUCCCUUUGUGUAGCCCCCAGGCCAGCCCCUGGCUGUUCCUUCCCCCACUUGGCUUGGAACUUAGUAAAUCAAAUCAUGGUCUUAAA